AUAUUUAUUAAUACCUUAUUUAAACUAUGCAUAACAAAUAACGAAAUAAUUAAAUCCCUACCAGAAUCGAAAAUGAAAGUCCUCAAAAUACGACGGGAGAUGCUAACUGGGGACAAGGGCAGGGCCAAAGCUGACCAACUAUAAAGGAGGGGCCGACCCUCUCUGCUCCAGUUCCUCCUCAGUCCUCAGCCAUGGCACGUCUUGUACUCCUCAUCGCCGCCGUCUUCGGCGUGGCCUCCGCCCAGCUGAUCUCUCACGCUCCUCUUGCCUACUCCAGGCCAUUGGCAUACGCCAGGCCCCUCGCCUACGCCAGGCCAUACGCUUCCUACGCUGCUCCAGUCGCCACCAUCGCUCAUGCUCCAGUAGCCGUAGCCCGCGCUCCAGUUGCCAUCGCUCAUGCUCCAGUCGCUGUAGCACAUGCCGCCCCCGCCCUCGCUGUUGCUCCCAGAGUUGAGGAAUACGACCCACACCCAUCCUACUCCUUCUCUUACUCCGUCAACGACGCUUCCACCGGGGACUCAAAGGGACAGCAUGAGACCCGUGACGGAGAUGUAGUCCAGGGUAGCUACUCCCUUGCCGAACCAGACGGUUCCAUUAGGACCGUAGACUACACCGCUGACCCAGUCAACGGAUUCAACGCAUACGUUCACAAGGAUGCUGCAGCACAUCCCGCUCCAGUAGCCGUCGCUCAUGCUCCAGUCGCCGUCGCUCAUGCUCCAGUCGCCGUCGCUCAUGCUCCAGUCGCCAUCGCUCAUCCUCCAGUGCUUGCCGCUAGGGCCUAUGCUCCAUCUUACGCCACUACCCUCUUGCAUUAAGUUUUAUUAAUGCUUUAUAUUUAAAUUAUUUAUAAAACCAU